UUGCUCUUGUGGCGUCUUAUAUACUUUUCUUCCCCCGUGUGACUAACACCCCAACCUCCAUUAGCGCGUGCCACAAUCUUCACGGGUACAGUUAUAUUCAUAUACACCGAGGUCGUAUAUGCCCUGGUCUUCAUGACACCUUACUUGCUUUUGUGAUUCCAUCCUUCAUUCGUCUAUAUAAGUCUUCACUCUUUCAUGCUUAUAUACGCAGCCAGUGAACUCGAGCUUCAUCGCGGGCCAACGAAGUUCUCGACAUGGAUGGAUCCGCUAUAAACCCCAAUGAAAUCAAUCGCUUCGAAGUCACCGAAGUCUAUGCACAUCCCCAAGCUGAAGUAGAUAUCGUACUGGUCCAUGGAUUGAACGGUCACCCACAGCAUACGUGGACUGCGAAGAAUGGCAUAUUCUGGCCCACGGCUCUCCUCCCAGUUACCUUCAGCUCCAAAGAUCCAAACAAAUCUGCAAAGGUUCGCAUACUCGUCUAUGGAUACAAUGCGGAUGUGGUAGCCUUUGCAGAGAAAUCCGCCUCGCACGACAGAAUACAUGAACAUGCACAAAGUUUGGUUUCCAGCUUGGCGCUAGAGAGGAAGAGUGAAGAGGCCGAAGAAAAUCCAAUCAUUUGGGUUGCCCACAGCUUGGGUGGCAUCUUGGUAAAACGAGCACUAGAGAUUUCCCACGAUUAUCAAGGAAAGAGUAAUGACGAGAUUCGUUCCAUCGCAGUCUCGACGUUCGGUAUCAUAUUUCUCGGUACUCCUCAUACGGGUGCUGAUCCGGCGAAAUGGGGAUUGAUUUUCCAAGGAAUGGUGUCGGCUUUAAUGCCAAAGAAAGCCAUGGACUCGGAAUCGAUUCUCAUCAAAACUUUGACGACAAAUAAUGAGACGCUUGCAAACAUCAAUCUUCAUUUUCUCGACAUUUAUCAACGCUUCAAGAUUUGCAUGGCACAUGAAAGUUUGAAGACGGAUUUCAAAGGAACGAAAGCUUUUAUUGUUGAUCAAACUUCCGCCAGUCCUCUACUUCCAGAUGUCUCCUACUUUGGUAUUGAGGCUACACACAGCGGCAUGUGCAAAUAUGAAAGCAAAAGAGCUCCAGGUUACAUGAAUGUCUCCACCAAAAUUAAGACAUGGGCUUUGGAAGCAUCUCCAAUAGUUCGUGCUCGCUGGCGACAUGAAAAAAAGAAACGAGCCGACGAAACAGAAGCUCAAAUCAGAGAGCUUAGAGGACAAUUCGGAGAUCCAACUUUAGCGCCUGGAACGCCACAACAACCACAGGAUUUAUCGAAUUCAGUACAAACUAUUGCAAGUUUUGAGCCCGAUAUGACAGACGAUAGUGCAGAGUAUUUUAUCAAACCACCUGGAUUUCGUCCCAAUUCCAUAUUUGUUGGUCGACGAGAAGAGUUGGCUGAAAUGCACAAGAUGCUAUUUGAUGAACAGAGACGAUCUCAAGGUUCAUGUGCUGUUUUGAUUCAAAGUAUGCCUGGUGGUGGCAAGACUCAUUUGGCCCGACAGUAUGCAUUCGAAUAUAGACACGAAUUUCCCGGUGGUGUUUUCUGGAUUCGAGCGAAAAGUAAACAGGAAAUCACAGCAGGAUUUUGGCAGAUUGCAAGAAAGGCAGCUUUGAAACCUUCGAUGGUUAAUGAAGAUCCAAAAGUUCUCGACAAUCCGGAUCAAUUUAUUAAACUGGUCAAAAAGUGGUUAAAUCAUCGACAUCAUUGGCUUUUGAUAUUGGACGGUAUGCACUUUGAUGAUAGCUUACGAAGAUUCAUUCCCGAUAGUAUCAACACCAGUAUCAUCUAUACAUCAACGGAGAAGUCUGUCAGUGGCGAUCAUCAUUUUAUGAAUCCGCAGGUUUUGAAAUUACCAGCACUUUCGGCAAGAGAAGCUCAACACCUUUUAUUACGAGAGCUAAACAAGAGGGAGCCGUAUGUUCAAGAUGAUCUCAGGCAUUCCAUGGAAUUGGUUCAAGCAAUGCAAUUCUUACCUGUAGUUAUUCAUGUCGUUGCUCAACGUUUGAAAGCUACAGAUGAACCACUUGCAAAAUAUGCUAGAUCUUAUGCAUCGGCGCCCAAGGGUUUGAGGGAACUUCAGGCUUUCACAUCUGUGGUUGAACAAUUGGAAAAGCUGGGCGCUUAUGAAACGCUCAAUCUGAUACGUAUCUUGUGCUUCUUCAGUCAACAUCUUCCGGUUGAGAUGAUUGCACUAGGUUUGGAUGCACUCGAUGUUCCUAUUAGAGCAAGCGAGCCUAUUACGGGUAGGUCAUUGAAUAACACCUUCAAAGUAUUGAACAAGUUCGCUUUAAUAGACCGGAAUGAACACGAAGCCUCACUCGUCUCUUCUCAAACUUCAAAAGGUAGCAGAGACUUGUUGUCGGAUGAUAUUGAUGUUAUCAGGCUGCAUAGUGUCGUCCAAGGAUUUUUUGUGGAUACUUUACACGCGAAAAAAGAAUUACCAAUGUGGCUUGAUCGAGCCAUUUCGGUUUUUUGCUACUCAUUCGAACAAGCAAACGAUCGUAUCACACAAAGGACGCGCACUGGUCUUGUCGAGGAUUAUCGACUCUAUGAAAUCCAUGGCAUGAGACUUCAAAGUCAUCUGGAGAGACACAAGAAGGAAUAUAUUAAGCAUCACAAAAAAGAGACUUUGGAUCCAGAUACGACGUACAUUAUGUUGGAUGAAAUAUUAACUACAAUUAGAAGUGAAAUUCAACGGCGCACUCCGGAAUCUUCUCACGUAAUUGCUGGAGGUCAACCGGAAGCAUUCCAAACUUCAAUCUUUGAUCGUACGGGUAGUUCGUCUGAUACUGGUGCCGAUGCGGAAACACCUGCGGAUAAGUUUUCUGAUGGUUCUCCUUGGGUUCUUGGGCCUCACAUCGAAUCCCCUACAAGUCUUGUUCAUGAUCCGGAUUUUCUUCAACAGGUGGAAGAUAUAAAACAAAUUCGAUUUCCACCUCAGCUACCCAAAGAAGACACUGGAUACGAUAGUGAAUUGGAAGGUUCUACCAUGACACUACAGCCACCAAAGCCUUCGGCGCCUCCAGCUGGUUCACCUGAAAGUCCUGGAGGUCCAUGGGAAGUUGUUAAGCCUCGACGUCCAAAGGUUACAGCUCCAAAGCUUAACCUUCAUAGAACUAUUCGUGCUCAGGAAUCACGGAAAUAUCGUAAUCGUGCGGACUCAUUUCGUUCGAUGACUCCUGGGGGGUUUUCUGAUCCACGCGUGACUAGUGUCACAGCACAUGGUGAAUUACAACAGCCUGCUAUUCGACCACAAUCUCGUGGUACUUUGUCUGGUCAAUCAAGUGCUAGAGUAGCACUCGCUCAUAUCAGUAAAUCGAGUCCACCCCCAGUUCGAGGAGGUGGCCCAAUUCAAAAUCGAAGAGCACCUACGCAUAAAUUGACAGAGACCAACCUUAUCACUAGGACUCCAACUUAUGCAUCGGCUGUUUCUGGUCCGACGAGAGAUACAGCUUCAAGACAUGGCACUGAAGAAAACUUUAGUGAUACGACAUCAAACCUUGGGUUCCCAGAGCCAACAACAGCUGUUGCUGCUUUACAACGUAUUCCUCAUGAUACAGAGUCUCAGCCACCACCACCGCAAGUACCUUAUACUCGUAUGCCACCAUAUCCCCAUACACCGGAUUUGUAUUAUCGACAACCGUAUGCUGCAAACAUGUAUGAUACGCCAAUCACGAAUGACAGUCAAGAUAGUUUCAAACCAAUACCAAAUCCUUUUGAAACUAUAUUUCCGAUCAUGACAGGUCCACCCCCUAUAACGAGAUCUUCAAUACCAUACACAUCAUUAUCACCAUCAUUAAAGAGGGACCUACCACAUGAUUAUCCGAGUUGGGAUUCACAAUCUUAUCCCAAUUCAUUACAUGGCUCGAUGCAUAAUCCAAUUCCCCAUCAAGGUAAUCUUCAGAGUCCCCAUCUACUUCGGCCAACUCAAUUUCAAUCAAUCUCCUCACCCAAUCUUCUUCCUUCUCAGUAUCGACCUAACCCUUCAACAUAUUACCCAGGUCGUCCUGAAUUCUCCCACUCCGACACAACAAGUAUAACAACUGCCCGUACCUCCCCCCAAGAAUCAGGUUAUACUUCUCAACCCCUCUCUCGCAAUCCAUCCGGCCAAUCAACUCACUCCACAAUUUCUCUUCCCCGACCCGUCGCUCGUCCUUGCUCUGCCUCUAACUCUGCAUUAAAAACCAGACGUACAUCUCUCGCGGAAACAGAACCCCUACCCCAACUUCCCUUUUCUCCUCGAGUUAGCGCGCCUGCUAUGAGUCCACAGAUAGGCUAUCAAAUUUCUUCAACUCACUAUCUAAACCACGCCCCUCAAGAUCGAGAACGAGGAAUGGUAAGAAAAAGUCCGAGAUUGUCUUUUGCGCGGACGGCUGUGGUUGAUGAAGCUCGAAUUUUGUAUGAAAAUCAAGAAAGAGAAAGAGAUUUGCAGAGACAGGGACAGAAUCAAUUUGUUUCGUCGCAAGCGAGGAUUCCGAGGACUUUUAAUCCGUUGGCGCCGAAUUUCAGUCCGAGGAUGGGGAUGGGAGGGAGUCAGAUGGGAUAUUUGGGGCAGGGUGAGGAGAGGAGAGUGGGGGGGAGGGAUUUGAGUUUUAUUUAUCCGAGUCCUGAGUUGGGUGGGGAGGGAUUUGUAAAUGGAAAUGGAAAUGGAAAUUUAAGGGGAAUAAUAGAGGCAGAACUACAAGCCCCGCCAAUGACGAGAGGUGGGAGUAGUGGGAGUGGAGGAUUGGUAGUUGGUGGGGGGAGAGUCGUCGAAUUUGGAGAUUUGGGAACGGCAAGGCUGCAGCCGCGGAGGGAUUUUAGUGGAGAGAGAUGGAAUGGGAAUGUGAUUGAAUUUGGGGAGACGGGUUUGGGGAUUCGGACGGGAGGGGAUGGGGGAGGGGUGAGGGGAGAUGGGAGGGGGUGGUAUGGAGAGAGGAGGAGUAGAAGUCGGUAGAUGGAUUGGUUGAUGGGUUUAGUUGGGGGUUGAGGGUUGUGUCUUCUUCUUCUUCUUCUUGUGUUGUAUUGCUUCGAUAUUAUUAUAUUCUAUCAAAUGGAGUUUCGGAGAAAGGCAUGGCAUGGAUGGCACAGGAUGUAUCAUAUACCACAAAGGAACCCGAGAUAAAGAAGGGAAGCAUGGGUUUACAUGUACAGAGAUGUACACAUUUAUGAAGAUAAAGAUAGCGGAGAGCGGAGAGCAGGGAGAUUAUGGAUUUAAUUAACGAAUGGUAAUGAUAUGGAAAAGAAGGAUUGGGCUGGAUGUGUAUAGCUUGGUAUGGGAUAGCAUGGGAUAGCAUAGCAUGGCUGGGCGCGAAAGUUACGAGAGAAAUAGAGAGUUGGUGAUGGAUGCAAUAGGGGAAGAGGAAGAGGAAAAAGAAAAGGAAGAUGAAUGAGUGAGUGAAUAUUGUCAGUGUAUAAAGUAUGAAGAAUUUGUAUGAUACCCUGGGAUAUUGAUAUUAAUAUUAUAUUAAUAUGUAUUCCCUUUUUUCUUUUUUUCUUUUCUUGUAGAUUUAAUGAGACAGAGAAAGAGAGAGAGAGAGAGAUGUACGAAUGUAUCAUUAUCUGUUUGUGGAUUUCAAGUUCUGAGUUCUGAGUUCUAAUAAGUCUGUAUGUAUGUGUACGGAUUUUUGAUUUUGAUUUUGAUUUGUAUAUUAGAUUAGAUUAGGUGUUAGGAUUAAAUGGAAUAGGAAUGGGAAUAUGAGAGGAGGAAGAUGUAAUGGCUGGAAUGGGAUUGGGAUUAAGUAGGUAUUAGGAUUAGUUAAGAGAAUGAAUAUAGUAUCUCUAAUUUGGAUUAGUUAUUAACUAAUUAAUCCAAGUUUACAAAAACGAGUAACUAGAGACUUUCGUCUAAAUCAAUAAAAAUCA